AUGGUUGAAAUCCGUGCUGCAGCUGUUAAAUGCACGGAGGUGACUCCUCAAUGUCUAGUUGAGGGCACUAUCUACGGCUACGCACCUGAUCUUGUAUUCAGUGUUGAGUUCUGUAUAUUAUUUGGUGUUUGUUCUUUGAUACAGCUCGUUCAGAUGCUCAGAUGGCGCCUAUGGUCUUUUAGUAUCGCUGUGAUCAUCGGGUCUUCGACUGAGGUGAUUGGUUAUUUUGGUCGUAUAAUGCUCCACAAAAACGCAUAUUCAUCCGCCGGCUUUAAGACGCAGCUUUGCACUCUGACAAUAGCGCCCGCUUUCUGGUCGGCAGCCAUAUAUCUGACGCUGAAGCAUGGAGUGAAUGUUUUUGGCCAACAAUACUCGACAUUAAAGGCGAAAUGGUAUCCUUACAUCUUUGUCACCUGCGAUAUUAUUUCGCUGAUUCUUCAAGGCAUUGGUGGUGGCCUUGCAGCAGCAGCUAAGACACCACACGAGAAUGAUGUGGGCAGCAAUGUGAUGAUGGCUGGAAUUGUAUGGCAAGUUGCCACCUUGACGGUAUUUGGGGGGAUGACAGGCCACUUUCUUCUUCGAAUAAAGGGCGCCCCGAAAGAGGAAUUGACUGCUGAGGCUCGGAAAGUUUGGAACAAUCGCAGUUUCUGGGUAUUUUUCUGGGGUAUCUUUGUGGCAUUUGUGUCAACUUAUAUCCGUUGCGUCUAUCGGUAA